AUGACUUUUGAUAGUCGAGACGACGACUUUGAUCGAAUGGAGGAGAUAUUAUCUUACUUCAUUCGUUGGGGAAUGGGAAUUACGCUUAGUCAUGCUGAUUAUAAAUCAAUACAGCAAUAUGACUUUACGAUGGGAAACAUACUUGACUUAACAAAUGACUAUUUUAGCUGGAAUACUAAGAAAAAUCAGACUACAGAUCGAAUCAGGAACGGAGUGAGAGUACUAAUCAAACAGUAUAAAAUAUCACCUGAUGCUGCAAAAUCAUUACUUCUCGGAUUGAUAGUUGAGGAAGAAAGCAAAGCUGUCAGACUCAAGAAAGAGCGCUUGAAGCGACUAGUUUUACGCGAGUUAUCUAUAUACUUUAAAGCUAUUAAGCUCUAUAUUGGUAGAAGUUGCUUUUGA